GGCCAAAUAUGAACCGAGAUGUUCGCAACUGGACACAGGCAUGUAUUAAAUGCCAGAAAGUUAAAGUUCAUCGUCACACAAGUUCCGCAGUAGGUCCAUUCCGUCACCCAGACAGCCGAUUCGAGCACAUACAUAUCGAUAUUGUGGGACCACUGCCGAUUUCGAAUGGCUUCAGUUAUAUUUUUACCUGCAUAGACAGAUUCACGCGAUGGCCUGUAGCGGUGCCCAUAAAAGAUAUUUCAGCAGAGACCAUAGCUAAAACCUUAGUCGAACAUUGGAUCUCAUACUAUGGAGUCCCUGCUCAUAUCACAACCGAUAGAGGAGCCCAAUUUGAAAGUCGCCUCUUUCAACAACUCACAGAGCUCCUCGGCAUUAAACGUAUACGCACAACCUCCUACCACCCGAUGGCAAAUGCUGUUAUUAACAACAAUGACUGGGCCAACAAGCUUCCAUUAGUCAUGUUGAGUUUAAGAUCGACGGUUAAAAGAGACAUAGGAUGUUGCCCUGCAGAGUUAGUUUACGGAACUACCCUACGUCUACCAGGAGAGUUGUUCAUCUCAGGUAAGCUUGUUCCAACUGAUAUAACUAACUACGUACGUCGUCUAAAAGACCACAUGAGCGAUCUAAGAAUAACGCUUCCGCAGGAGAAUCAACAUCGAGUAUAUAUUCCGAAGCAACUAAGCGAUACCUCCUAUGUAUUUAUCAGGAGAGAUUUUGUGCGACGUCCCUUACAACCAACCUACGAUGGUCCAUUCAAAGUUAUCGACAGAACCGAUAAAACUAUCACCGUAGAUAAAGCUGGAAAAACGGAUGUAGUUAGCAUCGACAGAGUCAAACCAGCUUUCGUCGAAGGCGAAGAACAGCCAAUAAACGCAAACCCAUCGAAAGCCAUUGAAUCACCGAAAUGCGAGCUUAAACCCUCUGAAGCAGCAACACAGAAAACAGAAGGAAACCCACCAACGACCAGAUAUGGACGAAGAGUCAGGUGGCCGCAAAGAUAUAUAGCUACAUUUUUGAACUGAUAAUUCUUCUCACCAUUUCGAACACAUUUUUUUUUGCUUCGCAUUUGUACGUCGAAAAUUCUCAUUUAUCUAUUAUUGCCUUCGAUACAUUUAGUGUAUUUCGAAAUUGAGAUGUUAGCCUUAAAACAUUACUAUGCUUUUGUUUGAUCUUCUAUUCCUUUGCGACCUCACGAACGUAUGCGAAUAGAGUAACUUUAACUUCCGAAACUUUUGAUGUUUUCCGACAAUUUUGAUUUUUUUUUCUCGCAAACAAAGACAUUUUCGUAACCUUGUUUGCUGGAAGGGGGCUAUUGUAGUGCCUCCACAUAUAUUUCACUUCUCUCACAUCUAACUUGGUUAAGCCUUUCGAUUAAUUUAUUUAACCAAGCCAUUCGCUUAGCAACAACUUGUAUGUACAAUUGGUAUUUUUUAUUAUCUGGUUUGUAUGAGCUAGUAUGACUGAGCAUUGCUUAACGCCUACGCAUAUAUGCAUCCUAUUCGCUUUAAUAUUAAUCUCUU